CGGCGAUUCACCUUUAGGUUGGCCAAGUGGUACGCACUGGAGCUCUCACGAACCCAUCUCAUCCCGCGAAAGCAAAAGCUGCCACAAACUCGAGCCUUCUUUCCACUCCCUCACCCUGCUACAACGUCUCUUUUUCACGCAACAGCUUCGAAACGACAUAUACAAGGGCAUGGGCGCUCUACUUUGAAAUCAAUUCUCUAGAUUUUCUUAUUUAAUCCUUAUACCCCCCGACCUUUCUUCGACAUUGAUCACACUUUCGAGAGCUCCGAUUUUCGCCAUCCAAGAUGCUCCUGAGACUCCGAGGGCCCGACGGCACAAGUCGUCUGAAUAUAGACGCAAACGACACAUUUGGACACCUGGGCAGUCUGUUGAUUCCGAACCUUCCAGAGACCGUCGACCCGAACUCCAUAACCCUUUCAAAUGCACCUACAGGUGGUGAUGCUAAGAACUUGGUCGAGAUCGCCUCCUUCAAGGUUGGGCAGAUCGGACUGAAACAUGGCGAUCUCAUCUUCAUAAACUACAAGCUCAAAGAUGGUCAAGCCAACGGUGAUGCGAACGGCGCCGAAGCAAGUCACCCUCUGGCAUCUUCAAACCGACUCAACGGCAAGCCCAUUCUGCCGACCGACAACCUGCCGAUCGAUCCCCCGCCCGUGACGUCGCCGUCCGAGAAAAUCAAGAACCCAUGGGACGUUGUCAGGCAGCACCCACUAGACGAUCGGCUAGACAAGAAGGAUGGCAAGAUUCCGAGAGGCCGCGACCACAAGAUGUGCCGGCAUGGACCGAAGGGCAUGUGUGACUACUGCAUGCCUCUGGAUCCGUUCAACGCGAAGUACCUGGACGAGAAGAAGAUCAAGUACCUGUCGUUCCACUCGCAUCUGCGGAAAAUCAACUCCGCCACGAACAAGCCUGAGCUCGGAAGCUCUUAUAUCCCACCCCUUGUAGAGCCAUACUUCAGAGUCAAGCGCGACUGUCCUUCGGGUCAUCCUCAGUGGCCUGAAGGUAUCUGCACCAAGUGCCAGCCAAGCGCCAUCACCUUGCAGCCGCAGCCAUUCCGCAUGGUUGACCACGUGGAAUUUUCGUCGCCUGCUAUUAUCGACACGUUCAUUGACGCUUGGAGAAAGACGGGAGGUCAGAGAUUGGGCAUCUUGUACGGCCGGUACACAGAGUAUGAGGUUGUACCUCUCGGCAUCAAGGCCGUCGUUGAGGCCAUCUAUGAGCCGCCCCAAAUCGAUGAAGUGGACGGAGUGUCGUUGAAUACGUGGGAAAACCAGAAGGAUGUUGACGAGGUCGCAAGGCUCUGUGGGCUGCAGCAGGUCGGCGUCAUUUUCACUGACCUUCUGGACGCUGGAGCAGGCGACGGAUCAGUCGUUUGCAAGAGACACGCUGAUUCGUACUUCCUGGCUUCGCAGGAAAUCUGCUUCAUCUCACGUUUACAGGCUCAACACCCAAAGCCCACCAAGUGGAGCGACAGCGGCAAAUUUGGAUCCAACUUCGUCACCUGCAUUGUCUCGGGCAACGAGUCAGGAGAAAUCUCGAUUUCAUCAUACCAGGCUUCUAACGACGCUGUGGAGAUGGUCCGCGCCGAUAUCAUCGAACCCUCAGCUGACCCCAACGUGAUGCUGGUUCAAGAGGAAGAGGAAGACGACGGAUCCACGAGCCGGACAAGAUACAUCCCCGAAGUUUUCUACCGUCGGAUCAAUGAGUACGGUGCCAAUGUACAGGAGAACGCAAAGCCAUCGUUCCCCGUAGAGUAUCUCUUCGUGACCUUGACACACGGAUUCCCGGAUGAGUCCAAGCCUACUUUCACCCAACUAGGUUUCCCCAUCGAGAACCGCGAGUACAUGGGCGAAAGUCAAGAACACUCUGCGGCCGCUAGGAUCCUCAAGUUCUCGGGCGGUCAGAAACCCGCCGAAGGUGGCUUGGAAAUGUCCAACUUCCACUUACUCACCUUUAUUCGCCAGAUGGGCAUUCUUUCCAAGGACGAAGAGUCGCUGUUAUGCCGAGUUGCAUCGCAACAUGACCUGGCUGAUAACUAUCAGCUGCGAUCUACCGAGGGCUGGAGGACUUUGCAGGCGAUCCUGCAAUCGACCGGUGAGCGAAUCCCCAAGCGCCCACGGCAGUCCGAGGGCCAUCCCGCUUCCAGUGAAUUGCAUGAUCCAUUUGGGCGCCAAUCCAGGACCACAGAAGAACCCCUUGCUAAACGAUUUGCUGCCUUCAGGCUGAACGAGCGUCGCCCACCUCGGUAAGCAGAGCAAUUUCGUGAGAUGUGCUCUGUGAAUCCGUAUACUUUACGCAACUGGGUGUCAUCAAGCGAUGAUGUGGAACCCGGGAAAAGGCUCUCUCAAUACUCUCGAGAACUCUAGAUGGGAAAGGGUUGGGAAUGCAUGCUCAUGCGAUUGGCCAAAGGUGACAGGCUUGGUGUUUGGGAAUUAGGGACUCAUGUGAUGGCAUGGGAGGCACAAAUGGUCCUUGGGCAGGUGGAAGCGAUCAAAGG